AUGGCUCCUGUGGCAAGAUCUGUGUCCACUCGACGAAACCAGGAAUCCGAAAGUGCUUUCUCCCUUCAACUGAUACCAACAAAAACUUGUCCAUCCAGAUACCUACGGGGGCCUCGUAGUACUUGUUUAAGACGGCACAAGCGAGUUGCACAACCAGCUGUCCUUUCCAAGCCCCAGGGCGCCGACAACUUCACAGCGUCGCCAUAUUCGCCGAGCGACACCUCCUCAACCGCCAAUCGAGAGUGGACCACCCUUCUACAGACAUUGUCGAGAGAUGACGAGUGCAACGGUACAACCGGUACAACCACGAGGGGCAGGAGCUGCACCAGAUCCACACCAACGCCACGACCCAGUAUGAGGUCGACAUGA